AUGAGUGCAGUAGCUAGUGGAAUGGAAUGUCUACCGCAAGAAGUUUGGUUUGUCAUCUCUUUCCAUCUCGAAUUAGAAGAUCUUUUGAAUUUGAGGAUAACUAGCAAAAUAUUGAAUGGCAGGAUCAAGUAUUAUAGGAUUUGGAGGUAUUUGUGCCAUGUUAACUGGAUACAACAUGAAUUGGAUUACGGUGGUGAUUUGAGUGCCCUGUAUCCUCACGAUAACAACAAUUGGUACAAUUAUUUCAAAUAUAGGUAUGUGAAAGAUAUGGGCCUGUUGAAGGCUUUGAACGAAUUAAGUCAAUUAUCAGGUCAAGACGCAUAUUACAAACAGUUCAUCAAAAUAGUGGAGACAAAUAAUAGUGAUUCAGACUCUGAAAAUCACUUAUUACCAUUAUUAAGUCGAAUAUCAUCAACAGACCUUACUUAUGGGCGAUAUACAUUCGAUAUAGCCGCAAUAGCACAGGAAUUACUUAGUGCUAUGAGACACAAACAUUUUUUCAAGAUAUUGUUCAUAGAUGACUCAGGUACUUAUACUCCUGAAGAAGUAUUUAUAAAACUGUCUGCCAUGGAUCAAUCUUUUGAUAACCUACUGCAUCAGCGGACUGUGACCUACCAUAAAGUGAAUUCGAAACUAAAAGAAUUCUAUAAGCAAACAUUAAGGGAUUCUUUUUUGAAACUACCGUCUAGUCUCAGAGUAGAUAAGAUACUGAGUAUUUUACUCGAGAUCUUGAGACCUACAUUUAUAUCGUCCCACUACUAUCUAGAGGACAUGAUGAUCCUUAGAGUCUAUGCCAAUGAGGCUAAGGGGCAUCCUUUAGUUUUAUUGGCAAUGGUUCAAUCGAUAGCUGCAAAAUAUCGGGUGAGGUCCUACUUAUCCAAGAACUAUCUGAUAAUUAAAGACGAUGAACUUCGAGAUAAGGAAUCAUAUCUAACUAUUUCAGUGGAUGGUGACGGUGGGUUCAAACCAAAAUUGUUCACACGCACUCCCUUAAUCAAAUCCUUGGUACAACACUUACCUUAUUUGCAAAAUGAUGAAACAUUACUUAACAACUUUCUCAAGCAAUUCUUCAAAGUAUUGACCAAUAAGGACUUGGUUGAUGUUUAUUUUGAUGAACUUCUGCCAAAGACUUUAAAUAAAUCACAUUCUGAACUUUGUAGAGAUCUCGAUACAAAGGUAAGAUUAUUUCCUUAUAGUCUCAAACCAGUAUCUGUAGGAACAGUUGAUUACUUUAUCAGUGUGAGAAAUUCUCUUAAAACUCCAAUAAUACCUGUUACAAGGACGAUUUCGACGUUAGUUGACGAGGAAUUGAGCAAAUUCAUUGAUGUUGCAUUUCCGAGUGACAUCACCUAUUUGAAGGGCAUAAAACCCGAUUAUUUGGUCUGUGUAAGUUCUUAUAAAGACUGGUUGUAUAGGAAGUACAGCAUAAUCAUACCAGAGAACGCAAAUCUCAGAUCAAUGAUCGGCAAAUUUAUCAGAUCGAAGAGGGACAAGAAGCUGCUCUGUAUAGCUGGUGUGAAAUCCACACAUAUUAACUUGGACAGCGUUGAAAGCAGUCAGUUCUACUAUAUUGUUAUCAACGAUCUCGGUGAAUUUUACGUAGAAUUGUCGAAGAAUGUAGAAGACUACGAGUGGCACAGAGAUGAGAUCGAACAAUUUCUCAAAAUGAACUCACCAGCAUCAGAACUUGGUCUGGUCUUCAAAAAUGUCGAUUGGGAAAAUCAUAAGCUGGUGCUAAACGAUAGAAUCAAGAAGUCACUCUCAUAA